GUUUGACCUUCAGGUGCUCGCAACCCCCAUCAGUGGACGAUACCCUAGGAGCGUUGCCGUUACACAUAGGUGUGUGUCGUUAAGAUUACACAAAUUUGUCGGAAAGGUCUGUAUUUUGCAGUGGUACCUCAUUCGAAAUCUUUGGGUUUCACAUGUUGGUCCUAGUGAUCGGCGACUUCCACAUUCCUGACAGGAAACGUUCUUUACAUCCUGCUUUUAAGACUCUUUUAGCUCCUGGAAAAAUACAACAUAUAUUAUGCACGGGAAACCUUACUUCGAAACAUAUGUAUGACUAUUUAAAACUUAUUUGUGGAGAUGUGCAUGUUGUGAAGGGCGACUUUGAUGAGGCUUUAGAUUUCCCUCUUACAAAGGUUUUAAGCGUUGGAAACUUUAAGAUAGGACUUAUACAUGGACAUCAAAUAGUUCCUUGGGGAGACCAAAAAAGUUUAGCUACUCUGCAACGGGAGUUAGACGUUGAUAUAUUGAUCAGUGGUCAUACUCAUAAGUUUGAAGCCUAUGAAUAUGCUGGACACUUUUAUAUCAAUCCUGGUUCUGCUACCGGUGCAUAUAGCCCUUUUGAAAAAAACCCGCAACCUUCAUUUGUUCUUUUGGAUAUUCAAGAAACCGCAAUACAAUUAUAUGUGUACACUCUAGUCAAUGAUGAACAUAAAGUUUCUCGCAUAGAAUACCAGAAAAACAAAUGUUUGUAACUAUGAACUAACUGUAUUCAUUGUAUUUUAGCAAUAUCUUGUAAUUUAUUUCUCUUCUUCGCAUUAUAAUAAAACUGAUUUUGACUA